CCCAUCCUCACUCAUAUUAUAACGAAAAGAAAGCCCUAUCUCUCUCUCUGAAAAAAUAUUAACCUUAUCAUUACUCCUUUCAUUUCCAAAUCCCAAUCCAAACGAAAUUCUUGAACAAUGGCUCUCAAUCUCUUCGGUGGCCGAAGAAGCAACGUUUACGAUCCCUUCUCGCUCGACAUCUGGGACCCUUUAGAGGGCUUCCCUUUCAACACCUCUGUUGUCAGUGUCCCUUCCUCUGCCCGGGAAACGGCCGCCAUCGCCAACACCCGAAUUGACUGGAGGGAGACCUCGGAAGCCCAUGUGUUUAAGGCUGACCUUCCUGGGCUAAAGAAGGAAGAGGUGAAGGUUGAGGUCGAAGAGGGAAGAGUGCUCCAUAUAAGUGGCGAAAGGAGCCUAGAGAAAGAGGAGAAGAAUGGCACGUGGCACCGGGUCGAGAGGAGCAGUGGCAAGUUCGUGAGGAGGUUCAGGUUGCCGGAGAAUGCCAAGGUGGACCAGGUGAAAGCUAGCAUGGAGAAUGGGGUUCUGACUGUGGUUGUGCCUAAAGAGGAGGAAAAGAAGACCGAGGCCAAGUCCAUUGAGAUUUCUGGCUAGUUUCUCUUCCGGGCUCUGGUUUUUUUUUUUUUUUCUUUUGGUCGUUUUUGUAGUGUGGAGUGGGAUAAGUAUGGCGUGUCUUGGGUUUGGUGUGGUUUUGUCUGCGUGUACUGGGAUAUAUUCGGUUUUGGCCAUGAAAGCCGUAUGUAUAAAAAUAAAUAUAACAUGUAAAAGUCAAAAGAAAGAGUGAACACGAUUAUGAAAGAUUUUGGCUAAAAGAACUAUAGGGUAAACGGAUAUAUAUAUAUAUAAGUCCUACCCUUUCCUAUA